AUGGUAAUUCAAGAAUUAUUCCGAUAUCCCUCCAGUGGAAUUGAUUGUUUCAAGAUUUGCAAAACGUGGCCAAAUGAUAAACGAGCGGAGUUUUUUCGAGCUGUGGUGGAUUUCAGUGAUCUGAAGUAUAUGCUCAGCUUUGUUAUUAAGAACCCAGUUGGAACUUAUCCGCACUUGGAAGUGGAGAUUCGAGAACGCUUUCGAGGUUUCUUCAUCGAUUCUCUGAAGCAUGAUGAUAAAGAUCUGGGAUUCUGGAUCUCUGUCAUUCUGCGCUCGCAAAAAACUCUUGCCCAUCAAGGGAAAUUGUUCAUGAUCAUGUUUGGUCCAACAGGAGUUAACACAAACAGGGAAAUUAUUGUGGAUUGGACUUUAUUUUCGAAUUAUGCUGUUCAUUCGCAUGGAUUUGCGCUGCGACUUCUUGGCCCUCUUGCUGACGGCCUUCAGCAACUCUUGGGCACAGCCGCUCUUGGGAAGUAUGCAUGGCACGAUCAUCACGUUUUCGCUUUGAUUGAAGAAAUCACAAGUACGGUUUUUUAUUAA